AUGGAAGCAGAUAAGUUAGAAAUACACAAACUGUACAAUACAGCUGGAUACCCACUAUUGGAUGAACUUGGUCUAAAAAGGAGUGAAUAUAUCCAAAAGUUUACAUUCCAUCGCUAUCCAGCCACCUUCGAUGAAGCUAGUUACAUAUGCAAACAAGAAGGUGGACAUCUUGCUGUUGUCACCUCCAAGGAGGACGAGCGUGAAAUGCUGGCCUUGUGGGCGCGUUCAGGCCAAGUUGUGAACCCGUCACAUGGAUUGAAUGCUCAAGCUUUUAUCGGUCUCCAGUUGAGCUCACGUGGGUGGCAAACAGUUUUUGGCGGCUAUCCACCAUACCUGAACUGGAGCUCUAACUGGUGGGGAAGGCAACAGCCAGAUAACCCCACCAUUCAAAAGUGUGGUAGUCUGUUAAAACAGGGAGGUAUGGAUGAUGUCCAUUGUUACUACAAGCUUGCUUUCUUCUGCGGAAAGCUGGCAAGCCCACAUUACUGGUAG